CCAGUGCUUUUGCGGUCGCGGUGGAGAGGAGAAGCCAGCGUCGCGCGAUCGCGUAAUUGCUUUUAUUAUUUUCGAAAGAAAGACACGCCGCCGAGCAGACACCAAGGCCAGCAGUCGCCAGAGCCAAACGUGCAGAUCAAUUUGUAAUCUCUUUUGUAGCAGAAAAGUAGCAACUCUUUUGUUAAAUACUACGCAAAUUAUCUCGGCUGAAUUUCAACGCGAACAUCAGACGUUCUCAUUGGUCUCGUCAUCCGAAUCCCCACAUAAACAGGAGGAGUUCAGCUGAACGGAGAGAGAGUCGCGGUGCUGGGACAGACGGACGGAUUUCUUGACUGGCGCCGAAGUGGCUAAAAGUCAAGUGGUGCACGCGUUAAUUAGUGACUUUGAGACAGGCCUCCACAAUUGCACCCUCUCUCACAAUCAGUACUUCACUUCUGCAAAAAACACAGUUACGUGAGAGGAAAAGCGGCAGAUCGAGAAAGACCGGAGAAAUUGAAACAUGCCUCCUGGAGAGUUGAUUGUCGCGGUCGGUCCUGAAGUGGAGGAGCGCGGCCCGUCCAAACAGGACGAGUGUCUGGACACGUGCGUCACCACCCUGACCCAGAAGGACGCGCACUUCGCCAGGGAGUUCCUGAACGAACACGCCGAAAACAGACAGGACCACCUGAACAACCUUCGACAAUAUCUCAAUUCAAAUUCGUACCUGAACGCACGUGACGACGAUGAGAGCCUGCUCAGGUUUUUGCGCGGUUGCAAGUUCAACCAGCAGAGAUCCAGGGAAAAAAUCCGGCAUUUUUACGAGCUUCGAGCCACUUCUCCUGAGUGGUACGACCUGAGGGACCCGCAGCAACCUGACAUUUUAAACCUCCUCAAAAUGGGUGUAUUUAUUCCCUUACUCAAGCGAGACUCUUCGACGGGCCAGACUGUGAUAAUUAUCAGAGCUUCCAUCCAUAAUCCUAAAGAAGUAUCAAUCAACGACAUUCUCAAGGUUUCAAAAAUGGUGAUGGAGAUUUUGACAAGGCAGUCGUCUGUUCUCUACGUCUACGGUUUAAGAGCCAUCAUUGACCUGCAAGGUGUUUCCCUUGGCCAUGCCCUUCAACUCACCCCUCACCUCAUCAAGAAACUUGUGCACACGUGGCAGGAUUGUUAUCCGGUUCGAACCCGCAGCAUCGACUUUGUAAAUUCUCCUCUGCACAUCAACAUGGUGCUCAACAUUUUCCGCAAAUUCAUGAACGAAAAAAUGAGGAGCCGACUUCACACGCACCGGAGCAUAAAACCACUGGCUGGCCUCAUGAAUCCCGAGGUGCUGCCUGUCGAGUACGGCGGAACUGGCCCCAAAAUCAACAACGUCAUUGAUUACUGGUGCAACGAAGUGGUCAAGAACCGCGACUGGUUCGUUGACGAUUACAAAUACCGAGCUGACAUGCAACUGAAAACUGAAGAAUUAAGCGACUGACGAGAGAGAGUUUUUGAUAUUUUUUACUUUUUAUUUAUAAACGAACCUUUUUUGAAAAAUACUCCACUAUUUAUCUUCAUCUAUUUUUUAUAAGAAUAUUCCACUUUAAAAUAAAAGUUCCUCUCAUUUCACUGA